UGUGUGUAUGUGUACAACAUAGAUAUUAUAUGUUGACUCUGAUCAAGCCCGUAAAAUGACGAUAAGCAGCAAGCCUAGCGCGUAUUUGAGCUUUUAUCAAAAAUAGUGGGUAGCGUCGUCGGCUCAUUUUUGUGACUAGAGUCGGUGCGAGAGCGGCACUUACAUCGUCGUCAUUAGCACUUGUGGCUACAUAGGUCUGCUUCUCUGCAUGUAACCAUAUCAUUCAUGUUGUGAUAAGUGAACAGUUGGAUUGCGCGGUGUCUCUGCACGGGACUACGACGUACGAUCGACAAAGUCUCAGACUCGCAGCUUUGUCAGUUCGAGUUUGAUCAUAUCGAGGUCUUAAUACAUAUAGGUACCUAUAUCGUACAUUGUACUAGGUGCACUCGUAACAGACUGGCCUUGUGCGCGGUAUCAUCGUUAUUCGCUCGUCGCAUCAACAGCUCGUAGCGCGCGAGCACCCCCGAAACACAGUGUCGUCGUUCAGCUGGUGCCAUCGCUCAACAAGACGACAAUUAUGACGAAGACCAUUGUCUUACUAGCCGUUUUAUUAGCGAGCGGACAUGCCUUUUAUUUACCGGGAUUGGCACCGGUGAAUUAUUGCCCCGAUGAUGGAAAGAAAGAAGUCAACGAAAAUUGCAAGUCCGACAUAGGUCUGUACGUCAAUCGUCUCAGUUCUCUGCAAGCUGUUAUUCCUUAUGAAUACCAUCAUUUUGAUUUUUGCAAAGCUGAUGAAACCAAUUCUCCAGCUGAAAACUUGGGACAAGUUAUUUUUGGUGAACGCAUUCGAAACUCACCUUACAAGAUUAAAUUUUUAAAAGAAGAAAAAUGUGCAGUUGUUUGUAAAAGAAAAUACACUGGAGGCAAUAAAGAAGAUGAGAAAAAAUUGGAAACUCUUAAAGAAGGAAUGCAACUUUCUUAUAAACAUUUUUGGAUUGUUGACAAUAUGCCCGUCACUUGGUGCUACCUCGUAAAUAAUGAUUAUCAAUUCUGUAAUAUUGGUUUCCCAAUGGGAUGUUUCAUGCGAGAUACUUGGUCAUCGCAAGAAAACUGCGAUAUUGAUCCUGCCACAUACAACAAAGAAAAAACAUAUUAUUUGUUUAAUCAUGUUGAUUUGGUUAUAACAUAUCACAGCGGCGCUAAUGAAGAUUGGGGCACUGGAACUAAAAAUAGUGGCAGAAUAAUUGCGAUUAAAGUAACACCACGAAGUAUCAAACAUGAUUAUAAUGAAAAAAAUCCUAGUUGUGGUCCAAAAAUGCCACCAUUAGAAAUUCCACUUGAUCCACUCAAAGUUGGUCAAGAAUUAGACAUUGUGUACACUUACAGUGUCACUUUCCAGCUUAAUAAUACUAUUAAAUGGUCAUCUAGAUGGGACUAUAUUCUUGAAUCAACCCCUCAUACUAACAUUCAGUGGUUUAGUAUUUUAAAUUCGUUAGUCAUUGUAUUAUUUUUAUCUGGUAUGGUUGCCAUGAUUAUGCUUCGCACUUUGCACAAAGAUAUCGCUAGAUAUAAUCAAGCUUACUUUCAGAUUGAAUCUGGUGAAGAUGCUCAAGAAGAAUUUGGAUGGAAACUGGUACAUGGGGACGUUUUCCGCCCACCAAGAAAAGGAAUGUUGUUAUCAGUUCUUCUAGGUUCUGGUAUUCAAGUAUUUUUCAUGGCUUUGGUUACUUUAGCUUUUGCAUGUCUGGGUUUCCUUUCACCAGCAAAUCGAGGAGCAUUAAUGACUUGUGCAAUGAUACUUUAUGUUUGUCUUGGAACAACAGCUGGUUAUGUAUCAGCAAGGAUUUACAAAAGUUUUGGGGGUGAAAAGUGGAAAAGUAAUGUUUUACUUACUUCCAUGCUUAGUCCAGGACUUGUUUUCAGCUUAUUUUUCAUUAUGAACCUUAUAUUCUGGGCUAAAGGUAGUUCAGCUGCUGUACCCUUUAGCACUCUUGUUGCCAUAUUAGCUUUAUGGUUUGGUAUAUCUGUUCCUCUAACUUAUGUUGGAGCCUACUUUGGUUUCAAGAAAAGGUCAAUUGAGCAUCCAGUUCGUACAAAUCAAAUUCCACGACAAAUUCCUGAACAGAGUUUCUAUACACAAGCUGUUCCUGGAGUUAUUAUGGGUGGCGUUUUGCCAUUUGGAUGUAUAUUUAUUCAAUUGUUUUUCAUACUAAAUUCACUCUGGUCCAGCCAGACAUACUACAUGUUUGGAUUCUUGUUUUUGGUUUUUCUUAUUCUUGUUCUUACAUGUUCAGAAACGACGAUACUUCUGUGUUACUUCCAUCUGUGUGCAGAAGAUUAUCAUUGGUGGUGGCGCAGUUUUUUGACGUCAGGAUUUACAGCAUUUUAUUUGCUAGUUUAUUGCAUACACUAUUUUGCCACUAAAUUGAAUAUUGAAGACGCCACUUCUACCUUCCUGUACUUUGGAUACACUAUGAUUAUGGUUUAUUUAUUCUUCUUGUUGACAGGAUCCAUUGGUUUCUUUGCAUGUUUUUGGUUUGUGAGAAAAAUUUACAGCGUAGUCAAAGUUGACUGAAAACUUUUGAUAUGAACAAUUUGUGAAAAUUAAUAAAUUUUUUAAGACCAAAUUGUAAUAAUUUUUAUACUACAGUUUGCAUAAUGCUUUAUUCAUAACAUCGUCAGAGCUAUAGACUAUAAUUAUUUAGCUAAACAAGUGUUUGUUAUUAUAUGAAUUAUUCACAUGAUUGAUACCAUGUAUAUUUCUAAAACCAAGGAAACCGGAUUAAUGGAUUUUGACAAUUAUGUAUUCUUAGCAUUUUUGUACGAAUACACAAAGUUUAACGACUUUUUUCCUUCUCCAAAAGUAUUUUAAAAUCCAUGUAUAAUAUUUACGUUACAAGCAGAAGAUCUUUCCUUGGUGCAUAAGUGAGACUUAAGAAUAAAAAAUUUGUAUUACAAAGACAAUUGAAGUAGUAUACAAGUAAUAUUAGUUAUGUACAUUGGCUCGUUAAGAGUGACUUUUAUAAAUAUCAUAAUAAUCGUUGUAUAACUUAGAUAAUAAGAUGCAAAAAUUAAAUUCAAAUUAUCUACAAUAUUUCUAAACUUUCUAAUACAAAAAUAACCAAUUAUUUUGCUUUUUAUUUUACUUCUAAAAAUAAUUGUUUUUAGAAUACAAGUCAGUACAAUAAUGAUAAGUUAUUUUAAAAAUUAAGAAAGGAUAUUUUCACUUUUGGUAAAGAAUGAAAUUCUAUACAAUACUUUUUUUAUUUGCUUUCUUAAUUUAUAGACAAAAUAAAGGAUAAAAUCAUUGGAGCAAGUGUUUGUUAAAUCUGAAGUGAUAUUUGUGAUUAUUUUAUAAUUAAAUAGAAAGCCUCUGAUGCACACUAGUAUUUUGUAAAUUAUUAAGACAAGGCUUGAACCAUAACAUAGUUUCAUUGUCAAGUCAUUUAAAAAGUCAUGCCCUUUCUACUUAACACGUGACUAAAACUGUAAAUUUUGGAAUUAUAGUUAUAAUAAAUUGUUUGCAGUCA